GUGCCGUCCAGCUUGACGGCGGUGGGCGCUCGCGGCCGCUGAAACCUGGGAUCGUCUCGUUGACGGAAACUGGGGCAAAUGUCGGUGUGUUCGUGCGGAGUCACGGCGGGAUUACAUAACCGCGGCCAGGCCGUUUAACCGCUCCCCGUCGGCUCCCGGCGGCUCUUCGCACCCGACGCGUCCGACUCUCCGCGAACACAAAUGGGCGACACGGAGGAGAAGAGCCCCGAUGGAGUCAGGUAUUACAGACUGUCGGAGGUCGAGGAGCAGAACACGUUCAAGUCGACGUGGAUCAUCAUCCACAACAAGGUCUACGAUGUCACGGGGUUUCUGGAAGAGCACCCCGGAGGAGAGGAGGUGCUGAGGGAGCAGGCGGGAGGAAACGCCACCGAGAGCUUCGAGGACGUCGGACACUCGAGCGACGCCAGAGAGAUGGCCUCCAGCAUGAUGAUAGGAGAGCUGCACCCGGACGACAGAGACAAGCUCGCCAAACCUGUGGAAAUUCUGGUGACCACUUUGACGGAUGAGACCAACUGGUGGUCCAACUUGUUGAUUCCCGCCCUGGUGGCGGCCAUCGUCACGCUGAUGUACCGCCUCUACACCGCAGAGAGCGAGUGACAUCGUCGGACGCGCGCACGGCUGUGACGUCACCAACGGGGAACCGCACUCGCAUUCCUGAACCCGUGAUUGACGGCGUGCACCGGCCAGUAGCGGACCACCAACCGUCUGACCGCCGGAUUGAAAACGCUCUCAGAGAGAAAUGCCUGCUCUGGGAUCACUGGCUCUCCACCGCCACAGUCCUACAAUACCCACGAUUCAUUUCAUGCUGUUCAACCAACCAAUCAUGUGGCAUUAUGUUAAUGAAGUCAUUUGUUUUUAACGCACAAAUCACCGCGACAUUUAGAAAUGGAUGGAUGUUUCGUGAAAUCUUUACGAUUUGAAGCCUUGUAGAAAUGCACUGGAUGAAUAAGUGUGUGUAUCUUUUUAUAUCUUUGUCACUAAUUGAUUUUUUUUUUAAAUAUGCAAAUCAGCAACUGACGGAGCAUCGUGGUGUCAUCGCACCGCCGCCACGUGACCGCGCUCAGAUCCUUCACGCGGAAAACCGGAAAAACGCGCAACACUGACGUGACCUGGGGCGUGAACGAAGCCUAACCCUGAAUCAGCUGGGCUCACGAUUACAGGAGAAAAAUCAAGGAGCUAAAUGCGCCAAAAUCUGCGUAGCAGAACGCAAAGAUAGGUUCAGCCGGAUUUAAGCUCACUCUUCCAAAAUAUGCAGAAGCACUGGCACGGCAAAGCAGUACAUUAAAAUAUGGAUGAUGCAGUAACAACACAAAGAAUGAAAAAGGUUAAAAAAAACAACUCAAAGUUUCGAGGCAGCAAACCAGAGGAAAAUGUCGAGUUGGGCGAUUUAACUUCAUUUCUUAGGUUUGAGUUUAUCUGAGAUAGAGUAACACGUUCACUUACGUGAUCACAUCUCAGAAUUUCCACCUCCGUGACGCUGAGGUAACUCAGGCCCCGGAGUCCGUCUUCAUCGCAGCCUUUCGCUGAAUUUUGCCUGGAGGGCAGAGACGCGUCACGUGUAAAAAGACGCACGUCGCCAACAUUUUUUUCACAUGUAAAAAAAAGAAAAAAGGGAUCUCCGGGGAAGAAGAAGAAGCGUGUAUUCCGGGAAGGAGCGCGCCGACACGCUCACGCCGCCGCCAACGCAAGUGAUGUUGCAAUGUUAAGGUGAUGCCGGGAGUCAAGUGAAUGAUGCAUUGGACAUUUGAAUGAAUGAUUAAUAAAAAUCUAAUGACACUGAGAUAAUGAAAGAAGAAAAUUAUUUAAUAUCACCCGUUACGGGAUUUAAUUGUGCAAAGGAUAAGUGAGCAGAGUGAGAACUGGUUUUCCUGUGUCCCCCAUGUAAAGAGCACAAAUCACAGCUUUAAGGUUUUUCCUUCUAUAGCGUUUUUUUUUUCUGGUCUUACCUUCCACUCAAAGCGCUUCACACUACUGCCACGUUCACCCAUUCACACACACCUUUCUAUAACAACAGCAUCUCUGUACACACACACACUGACGCAGUUCGGAGGGUUUGGGGUUCAGUAUCUUGCCUGAGGACACUUGGGCUUGGAGGAGUCGGGGAUCGAACCACCGACCCUCCUGUUAUCACCUGUUUUGUUUACCUGUAGAGAACAAAAAACAAAAA